AUGUCACCUAUCGUCCCUGAAACCCAUUUGGAGAAAGAUGGUAUCUCCGGUUCCUCCCAAGAGGUUCUCGAUGAGAAGGGGACUGUUUCCGUCACCCCGGGGAAGCACGAGACAAAACUCACGACCGACAAUUAUGGAGUCGAGGCUGAUCGUGAGAGCGCAAAUAUCGUGAUUGUCACCGGUGCAGAUGCAGCGGCUCAUCUGCUGCCGAUGCGCGAUGACUUUGACAAGGCUUUGACCUUCCGCAGCAUCUUCUUGGCCUCUGGCUUGUCGUGUUUCCAAGCAGUGAUGUACCAGAUAUAUAUGUUCAAGCCGACUGCGAUUACCAUUCAGGGCACAUUCAUUGUCCUGAUCGCCUACUUUCUUGGUAACGCAUGGGCUAAGGUCUUGCCGCGUGGUGACCGGUUCGAGACACGGUGGAGAGCACGAGGUGGCCAGGGAAAGCUUCCCUGGUGGAUCACUGCACUGAAAUUUAUCAAUCAUGGACCCUGGACUCUAAAAGAGCAUGCGAUCUGUUCUAUUACAGCCACAUCCGCCUCUAAUGCUGCGGACGCUGUUAAAGUAUUCGCCGCUCAAGAUCUCUUCUACAGUUUGCCGUUGAGACCAGCCACAGUCAUCUUGAGCACCAUCUCUAUUGGUAUGUUUGGCUACGGUCUUGCGGGAUUAAUGCGGCCAAUCGCUGUUUGGCACACUGAAGCUGUCUACUGGAGUACCUUGCCCACCGUGAAAAGUCUCCAGGCACUUCACUGGCAAGAGGUGAAGAAAUCGAAGCCACUCCGAUACUUCUGGUAUGCCUUCACGGGUAUGGCGCUUUAUGAGAUCAUUCCAGCCUACAUCUUUCCUUGGCUAAACUCGGUCUCGAUCCCGUGCUUAGCAGCGCAAAAAGCGAGCGGUAACACUGGUAAAGUUCUCACUAACCUAUUUGGCGGAGCGACCAAUAACGAGGGAUUGGGCCUUUUCUCUCUCAGCUUCGACUGGCAAUACAUCACCUCCUUCCAAACGUCGCUCCCUCUGAAAUUACAGACCCAUCAGGCUGUAGGAUUCGGUGCCUGCUUUAUUAUUAUGAUUGCUAUCUACUACGGCAACGGCUGGAAUUCGAAAUCACUUCCUUUUAUGUCGACGAAACUGCUUACAGCAGAGGGUAAGAAAUACCCUACCACAAAAGUUUUUCCUGGCGGUAUACUUGACAAAGAUCUUCUUGCCAAAUACGGCACGCCAAAACUUGCUGGAACAUUUGCCUACGCCAUGUUUAUGGCUAAUGCCGCUAUCGGUGCACUCAUCGCCCAUUGCGUUCUCUUUUGGGGGAAAGACAUCCGAAGGGCAUACAAAAGCGCUAAAGAAGGUCGAUAUGACGAUCUGCACCAUGAGCAUAUGGCUAAGCACUACAAGGAGGCACCGUGGUGGUGGUAUGCUGUGAUCCUUUUCGUCAGUUUCAUUCUCGGUCUUAUCGUCGUCCUGAAAGAGAAAAUCACUCUUCCGGCUUGGGCCUAUGUCGUGGCCUUGAUGGUGGGGAUCAUUAUCGCACCAUUUAGCACUAUUCUCUACUCGCGGUAUGGCAACGGUAUUGCGACCAACAACCUAUCGAAGAUGAUCGCAGGCUUCGUUAUUCCAGGCCGCCCGAUAGGAAACAUGUACUUUGCUGCAUGGUCGCACAAUGUUAUUAGUAACACAGUGAACCUCUCUAACGACCUGAAAAUGGGCGAAUACCUCAAGAUUCCUCCCCGUGUUAUGCUAUUAACACAAAUGUGGGGCACUAUCCUCGGUGGAUUCAUCAACUACGUCGUCAUGAUUUCUAUUGUGGCUGGUAACCGAGAAGUCCUCGCUGACAGCAAUGGAACCUCUUCUUGGAGCGGUGCCACGAUGCAGGCAUACAACACCAACGCAACUUCAUGGGCCCUAUCUUCAUAUCUCUACAAGUACGGCGCACAGUACUGGGUGGUUCCUCUCGGUCUCGUCAUUGGAGCGGCGGCUGUCAUAGUUCACCGGAUCUUUUACCAGUUUAUCCCUAAGAUCGGGCGCUUCGAUCUUUCUGAGCUCAACUUGCCUCAGUUCAUUCAGUAUGCUGGCUAUAUCCCGUACAACCAGAGUCAGACUUGUGUGAUCUUCAGUUGGAUCCUCGCUGGAUUCUAUGUUCAGUACUACUUGCGCAACUACCGUCCUCGCAUCUUCAAGGAUUAUUCAUACUUGGUGACGGGUGCUUUCGAUGGGGCCAGUCUGACAGUUCUCUUCAUUCUCUCUUUUGCUGUUUUCGGCGCUGGUGGAACUUCAUAUCCGUUCCCGACGUGGUGGGGCAAUAAUGCGGAUGGCAACUAUGACUGGUGUCCUACAGCUUAG